GCCUGGUCCCUCGGCGGAGCCCGUCGGAUCGCGCCUCGCUCGGCACCCCAGCCGGAGUGCCCUCGCCUGCUUGCUCAUCGCCUUCGUCCUUCCGCGACCCCAUUCUCCCCUUCCUCGGUCUCGGAGCCCCUCUCCCUCCCUCCUCCGCUCCUGUCACUUGGAACCCAUCCGCGUCUUGCCGCCUCGCAGAUAAGUGCUGUCCCACAGGUGCCCCAUACGUCUGGCCGUUCAUCCCGUCCGACCCUCCCGGGGGCCGGCACUGACCAUGCCCAGCGGCUGUCGCUGUCUACAUCUCGUGUGCCUGUUGUGCAUCUUAGGGACAACCGGUCAGCAGCUUGCCAGAGCCGAUGACUGCAGCUCCCACUGUGACCUGGCCCACGGCUGCUGCGCGCCUGACGGCUCCUGCAGGUGUGACCCGGGCUGGGAGGGGCAGCACUGUGAGCGCUGUGUGAGGAUGCCUGGCUGCCAGCAUGGUACUUGCCACCAGCCCUGGCAGUGCAUCUGCCACAGUGGCUGGGCAGGCAAAUUCUGUGACAAAGAUGAGCACAUCUGUACUUCGCAAUCCCCCUGCCGCAACGGCGGCCAGUGUGUGUAUGAUGGGGGUGGUGAGUACCACUGCGUGUGCCUACCGGGCUUCCACGGGCAUGACUGCGAGCGCAAGGCUGGACCCUGCGAGCAGGCAGGCUCCCCGUGUCGGAAUGGCGGGCAGUGCCAGGAUGAGCAGGGCUUUGCCCUCAACUUCACAUGCCGCUGCUUGGCGGGCUUCGUGGGUGCCCGCUGUGAGGUGAAUGUAGACGACUGCUUGAUGCGGCCUUGCGCUAAUGGUGCCACCUGUCUUGAUGGCAUCAACCGUUUCUCCUGCCUCUGCCCUGAGGGCUUUGCUGGACGCUUCUGCACUGUCAACCUGGAUGACUGUGCCAGCCACCCAUGCCAGAGAGGGGCCCGCUGUCGGGACCGUGUUCACGACUUUGACUGCCUCUGCCCCAGUGGCUACGGUGGCAAGACUUGUGAGCUUGUCUUACCUGUCCCAGACUCUGCCACCACAGUGAGCACCCCUCUAGGGCCCACCUCGGCUGUGGUAGUACCUGCUACAGGUCCAGCGCCCCGCAGUGCAGGGACGGGCCUGCUGCGGAUCUCAGUGAAGGAGGUGGUUCGGAGGCAGGAGGCUGGACUAGGUGAGUCUAGCCUAGUGGCGCUGGUGGUGUUUGGAGCCCUCACUGCUGCCCUGGUCCUGGCCACUGUGUUGCUGACCCUGAGGGCAUGGCGCCGGGGCAUCUACCCCCCUGGACCCUGUUGCUACCCCACCCCACACUAUGCGCCCGCCCGACAGGACCAGGAAUGUCAGGUUAGCAUGCUGCCAGCCGGGUUCCCCCUGCCACCUGACCUGUCCCCUGAGCCUGGCAAGACCACAGCACUGUGAUGGAGGUGGGGGCUUGUCGGCCCCCCUCCUCAUCUCCUCCACACCUCAGACUUAAGUGGUCUUUUCUCACCAGCCCUUAGCUUGGUUAUAUACAUAGAGGGGACUUCAGCCUCAUAGGAGAAAUAUUAUUUUUUUAAUAUACAGAAUGUAAGAUAGAAGUUUUAUCAAAUAAAACUAUGAAAAUGCAA